AUGAGCAUUGUUCGGUCGGAGGUCUGACUUAUCAUCAUGAAAAUCGUUCAACCUUCGCAAUAUAUAUUUUAUUUACUUGCGAUGAUUUUACCGCUGCUAACUCUUCCAAAUGUCUAACAAAGAAAGUACUAUAAAGCUCUUAGUUUCUGACUUUGCUAAUUCAAAAACUCCUUGUUCUAAGGAGCAACUUACCUCUUUUAUUAAAUUAUUAAAACUUCGAAUCUCUUUUGACAAGCUAAAAGUGUAUCAAAAAGAUUUAGAGAGCUUAGAAAGUAAAAUUGUAUAUUCAAUAGCCAAAGUUGAAAAGGCGAAGGAAUUGCUUCAAUCUCAUCUAGGGACCGUUAAAAAAAAGCGUUCCUCGGAAUUGGUGUAUGAUACACCCUAUUUUUUCCUGGAAAAUGCGGAGCCCCAGGAACCAGUUAUUCCUGACGCAUUAGAAAGAAGAAACAAGUUAAAAAAUAUUCCCGCCAGACACACGGGAAAGAUUUGGACUCUUGCGGACAAGCAGAGGUUACGAGAUUUAGUUAUUUUUUCUAAUAGGCAACUUCUUUUAAAACCUCUUCAAGAUAAAAUAAGACUUCUUAAUCUUAGAAUGUCUUCGGAUUUUUCUGUCCAACAGGAACUUAAGGAACUCAAGUUAGAGCGCGAUUCUCUUAUUAACGCCAAGGAAGAAUAUUUUUUAGAAAAUUUAAUCGGUUUGGAUUGGAAUCAUAUCGCAAAAAAUAUGAGAAAAGAAAAAUCUGCUUCGGAUUGCAAAAUUGAAUGGCUUAACAACCACCAUCCAGCAACAAACAAAAAGUUACUAAAUUUUUUACUAUAAUAGUAUACUAAUAUUAAUUAUAAAAGGAGUGGAGCCGGGAGGAGGAGUCUAGACUCACUGAGCUGGUAAAUGGGAACAUCUAUCAAAACUGGAGCGAAAUAGCUCGAAAACUUCAAACCAAUCGCAGAGCGGUGCAGUGUUUUGCCAAGUACCAGAGAUGCUUAAACAAAGAGCUUGAGGACAACUCAUGGACGGCUGAACAGGACGCCCUUCUGCUUCAACUCUAUGAAAAAGGACACUCCUGGCUUGAAAUUACACAAGCACUUGAAAGAAAAGGCGUGCAGCAGUGCAUGCAGCGUUACACCAAAAUAAAGCCCAAGAAGCCGGGGAAGUGGACGAAAGAGGAGGAUGCAAAGCUCAACGCUGCCGUCGAAAAGUUUGGAAAGAAAUGGAAACUCAUUGAGAACAUGAAGUGCAUACCGGAGCGAACAGGCCCUCAGUGCAGAGAGAGGUACGUUGAGGUUCUAAACGCGGCAGGGACCCGCUGGACUACAGAAGAGGACAACAAGUUGUAUGCGAUGGUUUCUAUAGCCACAGGCAGUGACGCACUUGAAUGGAAUGAUAUUGCGAGUCAAUUUCCUGGAAGAACCAAGCGGCAGUGUAAAAGAAGAGCUAAAAGUCUUUUGAAAGCAAAAAAGCUCCUCACGGCGGAUCAAGUUUAAUUAUAAUGGAAUUAUAUUAUUUUUAAAAAGAAAUAAGUUCAUCGAUACUCGAAGAUGCCCCUUUGCUGUCCUUUUUUUCUUCAUCUUGGUUAACAGGGGUUGGAGGGGGGGGCUGGAUGACCUGCUCGCCGUAAUACUGUGCACGUGGAUUCGGCAUGGUAGAGUGGCUGUACUGAUAGAACGGC